UAAAUUUUAAAUGUAAUCUCAAAAAGAUGAUAACUCAACUAAUUUUGAACUUAUUUCGAAGCAUUUUAUUUAUUUUUAUCAUCAACAUUAUUUUAAUUUCGGCAAAUCAAAAUCCUUGUCAUCCUAUUGAAAAGUCAUUUUCUGAGUUGGAUGGAGCUAGCCCGGUCUGUCAGUGUUCUCUGACCAACGAUGUUUCACAAAAUUUAUCAAACAAAAUUUGGAUUGGAUGUACUAAUCAAAAAAUGCCUGCUAUUUUUCGAGCUCUUUUUUCAUUAAACGAUACAAAAAUUGACCAUUUACAUGUUUGGAAUGCUUUAAUCAACAUUUUGCCGAAAGAUAUGUUCUCUAAAAUUAAAUUGGAUAAAUUAACGAUUGAAGAUUCUAGUGUUGGAAUUAUUCGAAAGGAAGCUUUUUCUAAUGUUGAGAAUACUCUUAAAGAAUUAAGUCUUCGUAAUAAUAUAAUGAAGUCAAUUGACGAAAAAAUAUUUUUAAAUUUGGCUUCUCUAAAAUAUUUGGAUCUCAGCAGCAAUAAAUUGAGUCAACUUAAACGCAGCCAUUUUUCUAAACUUGUUAAUUUGGAGACUCUUUUGUUGGAUAAUAAUCAAAUUAAUUCUCUCGAUGACGGCAUUUUCAAUUCAUUAACCAAAUUGAAAACCCUAACUAUUUCCAACAAUCGAUUGACAAAGAUUACAAAGUUUGCCAUUUGCCUUUUAAUUUUUGAAAUUUUUUAA